AUGAGCGCAACACCGCCCAAGCCAUCUCGUUUUGCGCCGUACAAAGAGGCUCUGGCUGCGCUCUCGCAACGUACUCGUACACCUCUACCGUCACUCGCACUCUCGUUUGCGAUUCUCCACGAACUCACUGCGAUUGUGCCCGUUGUCGGGUUCUUCUAUGGCGCUCGUGCCCUCGGUGUAGGCGAAGGAAUCGUCCGUGCCAUUGCACCACCACCCGACGCCGCAGGCGCAGAAGAAAGCGGUGCGACCAAUCAGUUCUUGGGACAGUUCCGCGACACCUGGGCCGGUGCGCGUUUCAGGGAAUGGAUGGUCGAGGGCGAGGUACGGGCGGAGCGCGUUGGGCGGCGCUACGGCUGGUUCGGGUUCGAGAAGGGCAGCAAGGCCGAGGGCGCCUCCGUCGAGUCACAGGUCACUCGUGCCGAGACCGCGUUCUCGUCUGGCAAGAUCGCAGGCGACGUCGCAAACGCAGUCGUGGCCUACGCUCUGACGAAGGCUUUCAUUCCGGUCCGAAUCGGUCUAUCGCUCUACUUGUCGCCGGCGUUCUCUAGGGGCAUCGUACAGCCUAUAGGUACCACGGUGUCGCGUCUAUUUCGGCGAUAA